GAGGUGUGUGUCUAUACUAGGGGUCCUUAGGACGGCAGCUCUGAAUCCUGGGGGUAGUCUAGGAGGCAGAAGUCCCCGCAGGAGGGAGCGCAGGACCUGGGUUCCAUGCAAGCAAGCAGCUUCGGGAAGUUCAGGGAGCUGAGGCUGAGCAUCUUGGAAGCCAGAGGUGGAGAAUGAACGGUCCUGAGCCGAGCUUUGGGGAAGUCUCAGGAAGUACCUAGAGUAAACUAACUAGCAGCUGGACUGGCUUGGCAGUCCCGCUGGAGGUGGCCGUGCGGAGUGUCCUGAUGGGGCAGAGUGACUGACUCUCCUGGCACCCACGCUCAAGGGCAGAGGAGUCCCUGCAUCUGCGGAGGAUCAAAGGAGGUACUGCAAACCGGAAUUUCUGGGGUGGCAGCUGAGCAGCCGGGUGGUUGGAGUUUGUGCCCCGAGACUCAGGGCGGGACGAAGCCUGUCAGUAGUCAGGACUCAGGCACACCUGGACGGCGCUUGGGCCCCGCCUCGCCUUAAAGGGUUGGAAGGCCGGGUGCGCACCGCAAUGGUUACCAUCAUGGAGGAAACACUGUCAGCCAACUGGAGCGCGGAGGCGGACCUCGGGAGCGGAGCGCCACCGGAGGCCGAGGGCAACCGCACCGUCGGGCCACCCAGGCGCAACGAGGCUCUGGCGCGCGUGGAGGUGGCGGUCCUGUGCCUCAUUCUGUUCCUGGCGCUGAGCGGCAACGCGUGCGUGCUGCUGGCGCUGCGCACCACGCGCCACAAGCACUCGCGCCUCUUCUUUUUCAUGAAGCACUUGAGCAUCGCCGACCUGGUGGUGGCUGUGUUCCAGGUGCUUCCGCAGCUGCUGUGGGACAUCACCUUCCGCUUCUACGGGCCGGAUCUGCUGUGCCGCCUGGUCAAGUACCUGCAGGUGGUGGGCAUGUUCGCCUCCACCUACCUGCUGCUGCUCAUGUCGCUCGACCGCUGCCUGGCCAUCUGCCAGCCGCUGCGCUCGCUGCGCCGCCGGACCGACCGCCUGGCGGUGCUCGCCACGUGGCUUGGCUGCCUGGUGGCCAGCGCGCCUCAGGUGCACAUCUUCUCGCUGCGCGAGGUGGCAGACGGCGUCUUUGACUGCUGGGCGGUCUUCAUCCAGCCCUGGGGACCCAAGGCCUAUGUCACAUGGAUCACGCUGGCCGUCUACAUCGUGCCGGUCAUCGUGCUGGCCGCCUGCUACGGCCUCAUCAGCUUCAAGAUCUGGCAGAACCUGCGGCUCAAGACGGCGGCGGCGGCGGCCGAGACAGCUGAGGGGGCUGAGGGGUCAGCUGCGGGUGGAGCAGGGCGUGCGGCGCUGGCGCGGGUCAGCAGCGUCAAGCUCAUCUCCAAGGCUAAGAUCCGCACGGUGAAGAUGACCUUCAUCAUCGUGCUGGCUUUCAUUGUGUGCUGGACGCCUUUCUUCUUCGUGCAGAUGUGGAGUGUCUGGGACGUCAACGCACCUAAGGAAGCCUCGGCCUUCAUCAUCGCCAUGCUCCUGGCCAGCCUCAACAGCUGCUGCAACCCCUGGAUCUACAUGCUCUUCACCGGCCACCUCUUUCACGAACUUGUGCAGCGAUUUCUCUGCUGCUCCACCUCCUACUUGAAGGGCAGCCGGCAGGGAGAGACCAGUGUCAGCAAGAAGAGCAACUCGUCCACCUUUGUCCUGAGUCGCCGCAGCUCCAGCCAGAGGAGUUGCUCCCAGCCAUCCACAGUGUGAGUCAUUGGCCCAGCCCGGCCCAUGGCCACCUGAGGCUGGGGUUGUGCACACUCCUCAGGCAGGGCAGUCUGCCCCUUGGUGGUUGUGCACAGAGCUGUAUAAAGUGCCUAUUGGUACAUAUCCCUCCACUCCUUUGGGUGACUAGAGUAUGGGGCACAUUCUGACUUGGGGCAGGGAAAUGUCUCUUUGGUAGAUAAUGGGAUCAUUCAGCCAUCAGAGGGUUGCCUGUUCCUCCCCUGGGUGCCUACCUGUGUAUCCCUGACCCAGAUCCAUAUGCUCCUCCUGUGCAGUGGGUGGCCUUCCCUGGACCUGACUUUCACUCCCUUAUCUUUUUACUCCUUUAUCAUGGGAUCUUGUGAAAGAUAGUAAGUCUAGAAUUGAUGACUAUUUAGGUGAGGAACACCAGUGGGAUGGGCUUGGGAAAAGGAAUGGGAAAUGAGGCCGCAGAUGGGGAUGGUGGUGCUAAUUUCCUCUGAUCCAAGAGGGCAUUUGCCUUUGAGUGGACAGAUCAUGGCAUCCUUCAGGACUAGCUUGUCCCAUUGUAGCCCUGGGAGCAGGAGGUUGACCUAUGAGGCCAUCAGGCUUAGGACAAUGAAAACAUGGGUUGAAAAGUAAAUGAAUCUAAUGUUUAAUGAUCAUAUGAGAAAGAAAAAUGAGGCAUUCGGACUAGACAGAAUGAAGGAAAGCUGUUUGUAGAUGACACUGGCUCAUGCAUAGGAAAUCCUAAGGAACACAUGUGUGCACAUGUGUACACACGGCACAAGUAUACAUGUACACACAUGUGCAUGUAUACACACACAUACACACACAGAAUUCAUACAUGAAUUUAAUAAGUUUUCAGAUUGCAAGACCAAUGUAUAAAACCCAUUCAUAUGUCUUUAUACUGCUAGUAACUAAUCUGAAAGUGAACUUGAGUGAUUCCAUUUAUGAAAGUGCCAGAAAGGGGCUGGAGAGAAAUGGCUCAGUGGUUAAGAGUACUGGCUGCUCUUAGAGAGGACUCAGGUUUG